CCCUUCUAAUCUCUCUCCCAUCUCUUCAUUUUGAUAUCAUUUGUGUGUUUUGUCCUUCUUUUUUACUUUCCGGUUAAGCAUUUUAAAAACCAUGAUGUCUACUAUUUCUCCGGUUUUCUCAGCUGAACCGAGUCUAGCAACCUUUGUCCCAGCUUUCGAAACCGGUUUCACCCCAUGGGACAUUUCGCACCUCUUCUCUAUCUUCGACUCAUCAUUGGAGCCAAUACAGAGUCCGGCCCAUGACUUUGCUUCUAGAAACCCGACCAGCUCAGACGUUGCUCCGACCGAGGAGAAUACCGAUGAACGUAAAAAGAAACGGAAAUUAUCGAACCGGGAAUCCGCUAAACGAUCAAGAGAGAAGAAGCAAAAGCACUUGGAGGAGAUGAGUAUCCAGCUAAACCAGCUCAAGACUCAGAACCAUGAAUUGACGAACCAGCUCCGGUACGUUUCGUACCAUUGUCAACGAACAAACACGGAGAACGAACGUCUGCGUUUGGAGAACCGUAUUCUUCAAGAUAAGUUGUUGAACAUCAGACAAGUUUUGAUGUUUCGUCAGAUCGAACGAAGCUUAAACUGUUCCACUUGGCCUUGCGACAACAGUACUGUUCUUACCGUCCAACAGGAUCCGUCGAUGAUAUACUAAUCAUGUUAAAGUUUGAGAUUAUUAAAACGGGAACACCUUUUGUAAAAAAUUAUUAUUUUUUAAAUGCAUGGAUGUCUUAUAACGUACGUUAGCAAAUUAUAUUUCGCAUUUUUAUAUCUAUGUUUCAAUUAAAUAAAGUAAUUAAAUUUUCGUGAUUAAAA